GUGGAGGCUCCCUGCGCGCUGCGAUGGAUCAAGCGCUCUGCCGUUCCGUGCUCAUCACCGGCGCCAACCGGGGCAUCGGCCUGGGCUUGGUCGAGGGGUUCCUGGCUGCCUCCCCCUGCCCAGAAGUCGUCAUCGCCACCUGCCGGUGCCCUGAAAGCGCUCAGGUAAGGCGGACGCAUUUCCCUUCACCUGCACGCACCCGAAUCCCCCCAAGCCCACCUGGACCAGGAUCCUGAUCCCUCCCAGUGGCCGGCCAGGUAACAGAGUGGUGUAGUGGUUAGAGGCAACGCCGGCCAACGGGGGUUCGGAUCCUGAUCCCCUCCCGCCAUGAAGAUCACUGGGCGACCUUGGACUAGUCACAGGCUCUGCCAGACCAGCCUAACUCGCAGGGCUGUUUUGUGAGGAUGAAACAGUGGGCGGGGGGAGAUGAGAUUUGCGGAGACCGCCUUGAGUUCCUUGGGAGGAAAGGGGGAUAUAAAUAUUGAGGCCCUCCUCCCCCCCCCCCCCAAAUCUCAGAUCUGGAGAGAGCAUCCUAAAUCAUGCUUCUUAUGCUGAUAGUUUUGGGAGAAACCUUACCCUCUCUAUAGUGACGCUAUAACCCCUUCUGAAGAUUUCCCCUCUGCUCCAGAAUGGGGAGACCCUCAAGUUUCCCCUUUCCAGCACACUGUAUGCCUGUACAGUGGUACCUCGGGUUAAGUACUUAAUUCGUUCCGGAGGUCUGUUCUUAACCUGAAGCACCACUUUAGCUAAUGGGGCCUCCUGCUGCCACCGCGCCGCCAGAGCACGAUUUCUGUUCUCACCCUGAAGCAAAGUUCUUAACCCGAGGUACUAUUUCUGGGUUAGCGGAGUCUGUAACCUGAAGCGUAUGUAACCCGAGGUUCCACUGUAUCAGCAAUGAGGUUCUGGGGUCUACUAUCUGCUUUUCCAUAGAUGCUAAGGAAAACCACACAGAUUUUUUUCAUAAAAUUAUCAUCCGGCUCUCUAGGAUAAGUGAGUUGAACAAAACCAGUCAGACUUCCAAUGAGUGUGGUUGCAUCAUGGAUUUAUAUAAGGGCUAGAUGACCUUGCCAGUUUUAUUUUAAAUCUCUUUCUUUAACUCUACCCAAUGCAGACGGCUGCCAUUGCUCUUUCUGAGUGAGAUUUAAUUGGCAUACCGGCAGAUUCAGGACUGCACAGUUAAAGUGGAUUAUGUCCAUAGAUAUGUACUUUUAUUUGUACUUUUUAUUUGCUGCCGCCUUUCCAAAGUUCAAACCAUGCUCAAGGUGGUUUGCAGCAUGAAAAGAAAAUACAUAAUUAUGACAUAACAAAAGCAGUCAUAAACUGUUAAUAAAACAUUUUAAAAUACACAACCAAACCGAACAAUUUCCACAUAAAUCACAAGAAGAUCUAAAAUAAAGAUGCAAAAAAAACAACAACACAGCAACAUCCCCCCCCAACAAAAAAAAAAUGCAAACACCCCAGACCAAGAGGCUUUUGUAGCUGGAGUCUGGCUUUCAUCAACCUAAGCCGGUGUUUCUCAAACUUGGGUCUCCAGCUGUUGUUGGACUACAACUCCCACCAUCCCUAGCUAGCAGGACCAGUGGUCAGGGAUGAUGGGGGUUGUAGUCCAACAACUGCUGGGAGAAACAAUGAUCUCAGGAACUGUUUCCUGGCCAGUCCCUCCCAAGUCACCAGUUGGAAUAAUUUCUCUCCAAUUUGCCUCACUCUACACUCGCUUAGUACACUGAACCCUCUCUGCUAUUUUGAUCCCCGUUACCCCGGUUUGGAGAGAUUCUUUUUUGCACCUCACUGCUGGGCAGAUGAGUUCUGUCUCUGUCUAUUUUGCAGGGAGGAAAGCACACUCUGUGCAUCCUCAGAGGCGCUCUUGUGAUUGAGCAGCACCUUCUAGUUCCCUGGGCUGUGAAUUCCAUUGGGAAGAGCUGCCACUCAGUGUGGUAGAACAGUAGCUUUGCUUCCAAAGGUCCCAGGUUCAGUCGCUUACAGGUGGGGCUGGGAGAGACUCUCAGAUUUCCAAACUCAUGGAAAAUGACUUGCAGUAGAGAGAAGGACUUGCAGAGUAGAUGUUAACAUUGUAAUUAGCAUUUAUUGCCUAGGGGGAAAGGGUGGAAUCCAAAUAACUAUUUAGGGUAGUAUUGAACAAAAGCAUUUCACCAACAAAGCACAGAGAUUUCUCCUUUCAUUGACUUACGUUCUGCAAUCCCAAAAUCUGUUUCCUGGCCAGCUCAGUGUGUUUGUGAAAUUGGGAUUCUUUUUACCUUGACCUGCCUUAGUACACUAAAUUGUACUACAUGUACCAGUUAGCUAAAUAUUAAAAGUAAAGGACCCCUGAUGAUUAAGUUCAGUCACAGACGAUUCUGGGGUUGUGGCACUCAUCUCACUUUACAGGCUGAGGGAGCCGGUGAUUGUCCACAGACAGCUUUUCCGGGUCAUGUGGCCAACAUGACUAAGUGACUUCUGGCACAACAAAACACUAAAACCAGAGCAGUGCACAGAAAUGCCGUUUACCUUCCCGCCGGAGCGAUACCCAUUUACAGUGGUACCUCAGGUUAAGUACUUAAUUCGUUCUGGAGGUCCGUUCUUAACCUGAAACUGUUCUUAACCUGAAGCACCACUUUAGCUAAUGGGGCCUCCUGCUGCUGCCGCGCCGCCGGAGCACGAUUUCUGUUCUUAUCCUGAAGCAAAGUUCUUAACCCGAGGUACUAUUUCUGGGUUAGCGGAGUAUGUAACCUGAAGCGUAUGUAACCUGAGGUACCACUGUAUCUCCUUGCACUUUUUGGCGUGCUUUCAAACUGCUAGGUUGACAGGAGCAGGGACCGAGCAACGGGAGCUCACCCCGUCGUGGGGAUUCGAACCGCUGACCUUCUGAUCGGCAAGCCCAAGAGGGUCAGUGGUUUAGACCACGGCGCCACCUGCAUCCCUAGCUAACUAUUAGGGGUGUACAAUUCUCCCUAGGGGGUGGAAAGGCUACAGCCCAGUUAAACCAUCGACAGGAGAAGAACGGUCUUGCCUAGGCUGGAUUCAGACGCUGAUAAAAAUUGAGAGGCAGGCAGUUACAGUCCCUUGCCGCUGCCCCAUACAGACAUGCAGCAUAUUGGGGGUCCUGUUGCAUUAUGUCAGGAUUGCAAUACCGUAAGUACCGCCUCUCUCCAUAUGAAACCUGAGAUCAUCAUCUAAGGCCCUUUCCUGUGUGCCUCUGCCAUGAGAGGUGCAGAGGGUGGCAGCAUGAGAAAGGGCCUUUUCUGUGGUGGCUCCCUGCUUGUGGAAUGCUCUCCCCAGGAAGGCUUACUUGGCACCUUCCUUAUAAAAUGCCCCUCUUCAACCAAGCCUUUGGCUGAUUAACAUCCAAUGCCCUUUGAAAUGUGUUGUGGGUGGGUGGGGGGAUUAUUGGUUCCCCCCUUCUCUCGCAGCCCACUGGCUGAGCAUUGAGGGGAUCCAGCCUGCCAGCCCAGAAAACCCACCCCCAGGUGAGUCACCCACUUUGGUUAAUGCCGCUUAUCUCAUGGGGCGCUUUCAGCGUUACUUUCUGCAGGGUUGGAUUGGUGCUCUUUUAUGAAGAAGUAGUAGUAGUUUGGAUUUGAUAUCCCGCUUUAUCACUACCCUAAGGAGUCUCAAAGCGGCUAACAUUCUCCUUUCCCUUUCUCCCCCACAACAAACACUCUUUGAGGUGAGUGGGGCUGAGAGACUUCAGAGAAGUGUGACUGGCCCAAUGUCACCCAGCAGCUGCAUGUGGAGGAGCAGGGAAUCGAACCCGGUUCACCAGAUUACGAGUCCACCGCUCUUAACCACUACACCACACUACACCACCUUUAAUUAACGAGAGUUGCCUGUGUUUAUGACAUAUACCCCAAAACCGUCCUUUUCAAGACAAGCUUCAUCCCAAACCUGGCAAUCCUAGAAUGAGACUUUAUGCUCUGAUAACACUACAAUUCUUUACUUGGACUCAUAUUAUUUUUCAGAUCUUUGCAACUGGGCUCAUUCCACAUGCCUGCUUUACGGUUUUCCUUUUUCAUCCUUUAAUUUUUGUUUGUUUUUCCCUUUUUAUUUAUUGAUACUUGUUCAUAAAUGUACAGACGUUCGUACCCAUUAUAAAGUGUACUUUUACAAUACGCUGAAAUUAAAACAGCUGCUUAAUAUAGCAAAGAGCAAAGGCAGAAAGAAGCAAAGGGGAAAAAGAGACCGAAAGAGAGAGAAAGCAAAAGAAGAGGAGGAGAGAGGAGAUUAAAGAAGCAUUUCUAUUAUGUAUUUUGUGGUUUUUAUAUUGUAUUUUUAUGUUGUGAACCUGCCAGGGAUCUAUGGAAGAAGGGCGGUAAAUACAUUUAAUAAAAAAGACAAAUAAUAAUAAUACUAUUGCUAUCCUUUGGGUGGAGGAAGGCUGGCGAGGGCUGCCAUUAAAAUUCAUUUAGGCAGAUGGGAUGUCCACAAAUGUUGGUCUUGUUCUUUCUUUCUAGGAGCUACAGAAACUCUGCAAGCAGUACAGCAACAUCAGGGUUUUGCCGCUUGGUAAGCAAAAAGUUUCCUCUUCUGCUCUGCGCCUGACGGCCCCCAUGAAAAUAUCUGAAGCUUGGGUCUCCAGCUGUUACUGGACUACAACUCCCAUCAUCCCUGACCACUGGCCCUACCAGCUAGGGAUGAUGGGAGUUAUAGUCCAACAACAGUUGGGGGGACCCGAGUUUGAGAGACACCGAAAGAAAUAGGAUUGUAUCCAGUGUUAGUCCUGCUCAGAGUAAACCUGUUGAAACUGAAGGACGAGGGGAUGUGACGACUCCCCUGUUAGGAAGUAUGGGAUUUUCUAAUUGAGAAAAAGGUGAAUCAGAGGUGGCAGGACUGAAAUUUACAAAAUGGCAUGGAGAUAGUGGAUAAGGAAAUGUUUUCCUCCCUUAUUCAGAAAGAGUGCAUGUCUUUUCUUCUUCUCUCGUAACACGAGAACUUGGAGACGUCCAAUGAGGCUGAAAGCUGGAAGGUUUAGGACAGGUGAAAGAAUAUAUUACUUCAUGCAGUGCAUAGUUUAGCUAUGGAACUCACUGCCACUGGAGGCAACGAUGGCCUGCCACCAACUUGGAUGGCUGUAAGUUGGGUCCUGCUUGUGGACUUCCCUUGGGGUCAGCUGGUUGGCCACUAUGAGAACAGGGCUCUGGACUCGAUGAACACCUGGCCUGAUCCGGCAGAGUCUUCUUAUGUUCUGAGCAUAAUUAAGACAGGCCCAUUAAUUUCCAUGGGUCUACUUUGAGUAAAACAUUGGUUACAAACAACCGUGGGAGAAAGGCCAUUAAUUGCACAUCAUUUGCAAAUGCAAAGAACAACAACGAAGAGAACAAAUCCCAAUCGUUGACCAAUUUCCAUUCUUGCACACAGACCAGCAUGUGAACUGCAGCAAAUUCUACUUUGUUUCUCUGCAGAAUUCUCUGACAUCCCUAGUUGCCAGUCACUAUAGACAAGGCUGACCUAUGGAUCAUUGUUCUGGAGCAGUUACUCCUUAACUGCUCUCUCCUCCCCACCCGCUCUGGACACCUCGGUGAGAGAGCUAUGCAGAAGUUGACAGGUUCAGUCCCCAGCUAGGGCUGGGGAUGUCUACUGUCUGAAAGCCCGGAGAGCUUCUGCCAGUCAAUGUAGACAGUAUUGGGCUAGAUAGACCGGCAGUCUGACUCUCUCAAUUAUGCAUCAUCUUCUCCUGUGUUCUCGAAUCCAGAUGUGGUUUCCGAAAGCAGCAUCAAGGAAACGGUCAAGAAGGUGGAAGACAUUGUUGGGGAGAAAGGGCUGAACUGCCUCAUCAACAACGCUGGCAUCAAUGUCUUAGGUUCUCUGGAAGACGUCACCACGGAAGCCAUGCUCAGGACCUUCGAGACCAACACUGUUGCCCAGCUAAUGCUCUCCAAGGUAAGAACAAAGUCGGUAAAUCUGGCAUCUACCAUGUUCGCCCGGGACAAGUAGUCCUCUGCCGCAGGCAAACAGCCAGGGACAUUUAACCAACAGUAGUUCUUCUGUUUGGUUGCUAAGCUGCCUGUUGCUUAACCUAUUUUGUAAGAUUUAUAUAUUGCUAGAGUGUUAAAAAAAAGCUCAAAAGUGCUCGAACCUGUAUGUGGACCUGUCAGCUUUGCAGCCUUAAGGCUGAGUUAACAUGGAAUGGCUUGGGAAGAGGGUAGAUGUAGGUCCGCAGUUGGUUUGCUCUGGUAGAAGAAGGGCUGUAGCUCAGUGGUAAAACAUUUGCUUUACAUGCAGAAGGUCCCUGGUUCAAUCUCUACCAGCAUCUCCAGGCCAGGCUAGGAAAUAUUCUCUAUCUGAAACCCUGAAGCGCUGCUUCUAAUCAAUGCAGGCAAUACUGGUUAGUUGAGUCAAUGGUCUGAUCUGAUACAACACAUGUCCUACAUGUCUGUGCCUGGCAAGAGUUUCUGACUCCCAAGUCGCUCUAAACAAUUAUUGUCUUCCCUCCCCCACCCCACCCAUCUAAAGUAUGUUCCCAGAAUUCCUUAUCCACGAGAGCUCAGAUAAAAGUUGCACUUCAGUCUGUACCCAGCGUAUCACUCAUAUUGGCUUGGCACAGAUUUUGCAUCUGCCUCCACACCUGGCUCCUGUAGAUGGACUCUGGGGCUCUAGCAGAGAGGCAGUCAGUCAUUGAUGUCUUGGGAACUCCUCAUUGCAGCUCUGUUUCACACAGGUGGUCAUGAGAAACAGUCCACUGUGAAAUUGGCUGCAGAAUUUCACUUCAGUGAGAAAUCACAACUUUUGAUCGUUUUUUUUUAAAUCAAGUUUCUAGUCCUUAUGUUCAGUCGUCCCCCCCCCCCAAUAAAUUAAUAUAUAGAUAAAUAAAUCGAGUUUCUAUUCCUUUGGACCCGGAGGAUCAGUUUGAAUCUCAGAACUGCCUGAAUCUCAGAAGCUGGAAGAAUUUCCAAAUAAGAUUUCUCAGGAGAUAGGAAAUAAGAGGAUAUGCAAAUUUGCUUUAACUUGCAGAGUGUAUUCGCCCUUUUGUAGGAUUUGCUAACUUGCUGAAAGGUUAUGUUUUUAUUUGUUUUAAGGAAAUGCUAACCGCGUGCUCUUUUAAAAAAUACGUUGCCUGUGCAGACAUCACCUUCCGAUUUCCCGUUAAAAAUAAAUAAAUUCCUUUAGGCAUUUCUGCCGCUUUUGAAGAAAGCUGCCAAGCAAAGUGCCACCAUGGGGUGUCACCGUGCUGCAAUUGUCAACAUGUCAUCCAUCUCGGCCUCCAUAGGGCUUGCAAAAUCCAAUGACAUUUACCACACGAUAUACCCUUACAGAAUUUCGAAGGUGAGUGUUCUUAGUAGGUAAUUAUAUUGGGAGAAUGGAGAGGGGGCGGGCGGGGGGGGGAGUGGGAAGAGAUGUAAGAUAACUUUCAAAGUGAUGAGUUGGAUCUGAUGCUACUCCUAACUUGGUGUAAACCUGUUGAAGUUAAUGGAUCUACUCAGCAGUGCUCCAAACCAUGAAUCCUUAGAAUGGAUGGGCUCUAACUCAGUGUUGGAGCAUCUGCUUUGCUUGCAGAAGGUCCCUGGGCUCAGUCCCCACCAUUUCCAGGAAGAGAUGGGACAGACCUUAUUAAUCUGCAGGAGGUAACUGGACCUAUUUCACCUAUUGACUGGGAAGAAAAUUGGAAUAUAGCUCUGAAGGUAGCUUUAGAUACAGCUCAGUCUAUCUGAAGGACUAUAUUCUCCCGUAAGAACCUGAUCAGGCUCUGAGAUCUUCAGGGGGAGGCCCUUCUCUCUUUCCUGCCACCCUCACAGGCACCCUUGGUGGGGAUACGGGAGAGGGCCUUCUUGGUGGUGGCUCCCAGACUUUGGAACUCCUUCCCUAGAGAACCUGGACUGGUUCCCUCCUGGCUCAUCCCUCUGCUGGCAGUUGCUGUGAACCACAGGAGGGGAGAGGGCUCUGGUGUUCAAACCCUGCUUGUGGGUUUCCCACGUACAUCUGUUUGGCCACUGUGAGAGAAGAGGAUACAGGACUCGAUGGGCCAUUGAGCUCAUCCAACAGGCUCUUCUUAUGUUCUUGAUGGGACUGCACAAUAAGAAAGGAAGUCGGCAAGGUAGAAGGUAGUGAACCAGGAUACAGAGGUGACUGGGUUUGCACAAAAGAGCAUCUCAAAUUCCAAAGAGCUAGCGUAUUUCCAUAGCUUGAUAUCCUCUGCCCAGCCAGUAAAAGUUGAUUUCCAAAUAGUGGUUCCAGUUGAUAUCAUCCCUCUGGUUAUAUCUGCAGAGCUGGGUUCCCAACAAACAGAUCUAAUUUGACACCCGCUUUUAUCUCCAAAGGGCCAUUAAGGGUUUUUUUAGCUCUUCUAGGGCGGAGAUGAGAUUUUCAGAGGCAAACAAAAUCAUUCCUCCUGAUGCGUUCUCAGCGAGUCAGCUACAAACAAACACCUAACAUUCCCUAGCCAGCCAGGGAUUCAAAUAUUAGGUGUUGCCUUGACAGGAAUGAUAUUGUAUUAGUUGAGGAAGGUUACAGCACACCCUCUGCAAAUUUAAGAGCUGGAUUAAAAUACAUAUGAAGAGAAUAGAGGACAAAGAGCUGAGCGCUCUUAUCGCCUCUUGACGCAACGUGAGAUUUUAGGGUCAGAUAGGAUUCCCCGGUAUUUUUCAGCCUUUUAUGGAGGGGCAUCUCUUCAGACUUUUAUUGUAGGUAAAUCUCUUGGAAUGUGGCAGGACUAGCUAACAAAAUAACUGAUAAGGAGGUGGUUACCCCUUUGAAGAAAUAUUACAUGACCGGCCUCCAAGAAACCAGGAUAGGCUUGGACCAGACUGACAUUAAUAUGAAGGGGUUUAAUUAUAGGAUAAUACCUGCCCCCAAGUUGCUAAAGUAUGGUCUUGGGGUUUCGUCACAUGUGUAUCUUCUAGAUAUGAUACAUUAUAUGAUUUGUGCUGUAUUUGUGAUGUUCUGUUAUGGUUUAUUAUGCUGUUGUUGUUUAUUGUUUGUAAGCCGCUUUGGGAUUCAUUUGAAUGAAAAGCAGCAUAGAAAUGCAAUCCGUCAAUCGAUCCUGAUUUUUCAGCAGCUUUGAUUCACUCAGUCAUAAUUGUCCUUGAGAUAAGGAUCGAUAGAAGAUUGCUGAUGCUGAUGCAAGGACUUCAUUGGGAUACCAAGAUCCAAAUUAUGAUAGAAUUUAUCUCUAGGAAGAGAUCAGUAGUCGCUACUUGAAACUAUUUACUUUGUUUUAUUUAUAUUUUAAAUGAAAACACUCUGUCUGACCUUGAUAGUUUGGGAUAAAAGUCAAAGAGUGAAUUGGUUCACAUUAGCUGAAAUGCCACAUAACCUCCUUAUAAUAAUUUAUUUUGAGUUCUUUUUAAAAGGCGAGCUGCUGCCAACAUUAGUCUUACUCAGAGUAGAUCCAUUCAAAUUAAUGGGCAGGAUUUAAGUUAGCUUCAUUAAUUUGGAUGUGUCUUAUCUGAGCAAAAUUUAGCUAUAACUCUAUAUCAAGAUAUGUGUGGGGGGGAGUGUUAAUGCAUAAUUGCUAUUAUUAGAAAUUUUUUAAAAAAGAAUAAUUAUCAGUGGGAACUCCUAUGAGUUGCGUCCAAUGAAGUUUUACUCAGAAGACUCAUUCAAAUUAAUGAACGUGGCGAAGUUAGGUCUAUUGACUCCAAUGAGUCUGCUUUGAGUAGGACAAGCAUUGGCUUUGACCCGAUGUUUCGAAUUCCUGAUAUUACUGACGUGACGUGUUGUUUGUUGCUUAAAAGUGGUUCAUUGCUCAAUAAUAAAAGAAUUUUGUGGAAAGAAAAAAAGAUGAGUUUUCAUAGAAUUGUCGAGAUGACGCGGGUCAUCAGAUUCAGCCCCCUGCAAUGCAGGAAUCUUUUGCCCGACGUGGGGCUCGAACCCACCACCCAGAGGUUAAAAGCCUCAUGUCAUCUAACUCUUUCCACUUCUCUCCCUGACCUCCCUCCAAGGCGGCACUAAACAUGCUCACGAAGUGCCUUGCUACAGACCUGAAAUUGGAAGGGAUCCUCUGCAUCGCCCUCCACCCAGGCUGGAUCCAAACGGAUAUGGGAGGGACAAAGGUCAGUAAAGUCAAUCUUUUCUCCCCCACUCUUGUUUAAGUAAGUUCUUUGCCCGCCAUGUGUUGUUGUUCCUGUCAGUAUUUUCAUCCCUCCCAUUGCAAGGAUCACCAGAUCCUUGUGAGAAAGAAAGGAGGGGACAGAAGCUACUUUUCCAGACUUCCGUCUCCAGUACUGUGUGGCUUUUUCUUUGAUCUGUCAAUAAUAAUAAUAAUAAUAAUAAUAAUAAUAAUAACUUAUUAUUUAUACCCCGCCCAUCUGGCUGGGUUUCCUCAGCCACUCUGGGCAGCUUCCAACAGAAUAUCAAAAUACCAUAAUAUAUUAAAGAUUAAAAGCUUCCCUAAACAUCUUGUCUAGAGACAAGAUGGCAGUAUGAGAGAGCUGUUUCUCUCGUACAUGUUUGUUAAAGGUAAAGGGACCCCUGACCAUUAGGUCCAGUCGUGGCCGACUCUGGGGUUGCGGCGCUCAUCUCGCUUUAUUGGCCAAGGGAGCCAGUGUACAGCUUCCGGGUCAUGUGGCCAGCAUGACUAAGCCGCUUCUGGUGAACCAGAUCAGCACACGGAAACACCGUUUACCUUCCCACUGGAACAGUACCUAUUUAUCUACUUGCACUUUGACAUGCCUUUCGAACUGCUAGGUUGGCAGGAGCAGGGACCGAGCAACGGGAGCUCACCCCAUCAUGGAGAUUCGAACCGCCGACCUUCUGAUCGGCAAGUCCUAGGCUCUGUGGUUUAUCCCACAGCGCCACCCGCAUCCCACAUUUGUUAUGUUCUUUUAUUUGUUUAAUUCGAAGAAAUAAAUUAGGUAUGCAACAAAACCUCCACAGCUUUGCUUCCGUUACUCUGCUGCAUUUGAGGUGCUCUCAUGAGCAAAUGUGAGUCCACAGCACCAGAACCUAUUCCUCGGGAAUGCUGUGUUCUGUUCCUGCAUUCCUGUGAUCGAAAGGUCAGAGAAGGUGCUCCCGACACCCAGUACAUGCAGGCGCUGAAGACGUGGGCUGUACAUGGGUGUACGGAAAAUUCCCUCCGUUUUUGAUGUUUGGGGUGGGGUGGGGUGAGUGUGGAUGCUUUACGUCGCCAUUCCCUGAGCUUGUUUGCAGGGUGCUGUGCGCCAAAGACACAAAUUCCCUUUCCCUUAAAAAACUGGAAAUCUGACAAACUUCCAUCUACAUAAGAUUGGAUCCAAAAAUUGACUGAGUAUGCGGAGUUAGAUAGAACUUGUCUGGAAAAAAUAAAGAAUAAACCAGAACAGGUGUUUGUUUCAAAAUGGGAAGUCUUUAAAAUAUAUUUGAAAAACAAUUGCAGAAGUUUAAACUCUGUUGCAGCGUUUGGCUAAUUUCAGUAGUAGUAUCAAGAAUGGUGUGAGAUCGAAGAAAAACUAAGAAUCAGUUAAACCAUGAUAAUAGUUUUUACCGGCAAUAAGUUAUAUGUAAUUGAAUUAAGGAGUAGACAGGAGGUCAGGUCUGCAGUCAAAAGACCUCUUUUCUUUUUGUUAUAAUGCUUUGUGUUUUUUGUUUUACUUGGUUUAUUAUUAUUUCUACUUGUUUUUUGUUCAGUUCUGAUGUAUCGCUUUUUUCACUCUGCAUUAAUAAUAUUUUAUUUUUUUAAAGGAAAGGGCAGACUAAUCAGUGUCUUAUGAACACGUAACAUUGCCUUGCACUGAUGCAGCCCAUUUAUCCUUCCAUUUAUCAAUGGAGGCUGAUACACUGGGGUGCAGGGGGCCCCAAUGCUUCAGUCUGCCCUCUGCCAGGUCCUGCCUGCCUACUAACUUACAACCAGUCUAGGUGGUGGCCCUGCCUGCCAGCUGUUGCCCCUUGUAGAAUUCAGCAUGGAGGAGGACGGGGGCAAAACUAGAAUGAGUUGGCUCUGCCUGUUGCUGGCUCUAGCACCACCUACUGUUGGUCUCCCUGCCUUCCACCCUACCAGUUGCCACUGCCUUCCAGUACUGUCCUGGCCCCAAAACAGCAACUAGGCAUUCCAUUUUGGUAACCCUGGUUUAAGGAGCCGUUUGGUGCCUAGCUUAUAUAUCUGAAUUUCUAACACUGGAUACCAAUGGACUACUAACUGAGGCCAUUUAGGGCUUUAAAGGUCAGCACCAACACUUUGAAUUGUGCCCGGAAACAUGCUGGGAGCCAAUGUGGGUAUUUCAGAACCGGUGUUAUGUUUUUUAUGUGUGGGUCUCCUUUAUUUUAUUUUGAAGGACACUGCUGCUGUAAUAAGCUUGCCCCCCCCUCUCUCUCCACCCUUCUCCUCUGUUCUCCUAGGCUCCGUUGAAGGUGCAAGAUGCUGUCCCAUCGAUCAUCUCUCUUUUAGCUCAGCUCAGCGAAAAAGACAAUGGUGCUUUCCUGGAUUGGGAAGGGAAAACUUUGCCCUGGUAGCAGUAGCUCCUGGAUUCCAAGAACCUGAAGCAAAAGCUUGAGUCUGGAUAUACGCAUUUUAACAGGAAUGGACUUUGAUUUGCUCAAUGGUGUUCUGCCUCACUGUGUUUUUAACAUACACGUAGCAAUAGCUGUAUUGAAUGUGGUCCGAAAUCCACCUCCGUCCAUCGUAGCUAGUAGCUGUUUGACAGGCCUCCCACAUAGGAAGCUGCCUCAUAUCACGUCAGACAUUGGUCCAUUUAGUUCUGUAUUGUCUACACUGACCGGCAGCAGCUCUCUAGGGUUUCAGGAAUGGGACAUUCCCAGCCCUCCGUAUGAGUUAGGCCAGGCUGCAUCCAUAGCUGGGACAAGUAUUCUACCACACAAGCAAUCAGAAAACUGUCUCAGCCCAUCAAAGCAUGGAUUACCUCAGCAAGGAUCAUGCCAAUCUGAUUAGUUGCUCGGCAACACCUCCACUCUGAGAGUUCGUCUGGCUGUCAAUAGUGAACACUUAGCUUACUAACUGAAUGAUCCCUGCUGUUGUAUUCCCAACAAGGUCAUGGUGAAUAGUGUCCAAGAGGGCUCAGAUUAAUUUGGAUACUCAAGACAGAAAAUCCCACUGGUGUAUUUCCUCUUUUCUGGUAGUAAAAAUACAAAAAAAUUAAUAAAUCAUUUAUUAGUUGCUUCCCACAAGGCAUCACAAAGCAAUUUACAACAUAUAGUCCAUAAGUUUAUUGUUCUGGCCAGAGGCCAUGACAAACUUGUAGCAAUAGUAUUAAUAAAAUAAUACAGAACACACAUCUAUAAUAUAGGCCAACGUCUAUGAUGUAACAGAGGCAAGAUAGCAGAGAUACCAAAAAGCUUAAAUCUAGCUUGAUUUCAGAUUAAACCUCCGAAUCACCACCACAACUUAUAGUGAUUUCAUCUAUCUCAUUUUUCCUUAUUUAUUUUGCACCCAGUGCACAGAGGGCCACUCUGUGUGUUGCAAAGCUAUUAUUGUCACUCAAAAGAAAUGGAACCAUUUCUGUUAGGGUGUACCUGCUUGAUUGUGUGAACAACUGUUUCAGAAUGUGAUCUUGGGUCUAUAUAAGGUGCAGGCUAACAGAUAAUGAAUGUCUUCCACCUGAGGUUGACCACAAAUACAAAGUCUAUCUGCGUACAGGACCUUGUAGCAGUCAUCCCAAAUUGCAGUGGGAAUCACUUGGAAACGCAGCUCAAUAAAUACAUUUCUUAAGGAAACUGGUGAGAGUCUGGUCAGAUAACUAUCUCUAAAAUGCUCUGUUCUCAAGAGCAGAUGCCAAAGGGGAAAUCUGGUGUUUCUAAUUAGUUGCGGGUCCCUUCUGAAUUCUAUCCAGAAGUGCCAACCCCAUAGCUGACACUCAAAGUCAAUGCAGAGCUCAGUUCUGGAAAAUAAUAAUAGUCUGAAACAUCUUGACAAGCUGCUUUACAGAGUUGCUUAUCACUCAAUUCCAUAUUGUACAGUUGGGGGGGGGAUGAUUGGUAGCAAUUCUUUUAAUACACAUUAACUAAGCACAGUCCACUCUUGCCUUAAUUGUUAGCCACCUGGAUUCUGUACGAAGAAGAGAUUCUGAUAUAUAUUCCUGAUGGUAGAGUGUUUUCUGCACAGUAUUCAAAAUUUAAAUGGAGUUUGAUUCGGAGCACCAGAUCUCAACACCAUAGAGCAUUUGAGUAAGCACUUUACUACCAAAUAUCUUUAGAGUUCAAUCAGCUGCCCUCCCUUUUUGUAAUAAAACUUUAUCAAUGCCCCCAUAGUUUGCUUUGUGUUGACUCUCACUGCCUCCAUAUGUCACUGCCAAGAGAGGGUUUCACUCAAUACACCCAGCGAUAUCUAAAUUAGGAAGUUUGUUCUAGAGCUUGCUGUUCUUAGUAUAGUUCCUUAUCAUAUGGUUCCAAGUAAAGCAUUGGUCAAUGUUACCGUGUCCUCCUCUGACCCCUGCUUGUUCUUCAUAGCUUUGGUGAGAUAUCUAACAAUCUAAUUGGCUAAUAGUUUUGUGGGUCAUUCCUAUCCCCUUUCUUAUAAAUUGGGGAAAUGAUACUCAUACCAUCCAGAGGGCAUUUGGCCUGUGUUGUUUUAGUGGUAAAUAAGCCAGGCAGGCUAGGCAUCCACCAUUCUAUGUAUUCUUUAUAGAACAGGCAGAAGCAAAUCUCCAGGAGGUUUAUUUGAUUUCAGGCAGGAAAUAAGGACAUUUAUCUCAUUACAGGAGACUGGCUGCUAUUCAGGUCGGUUAGCGAAAUCCUUACACGCUGUUAGUGCAUGUGAUUGACCAGACUGACCACUGAAAAUACUGCAAAAAUAUUUAACCCAAUUGGAGGCAGGGAUUGAGCCUUCCUGUGAUGAUCUCCCACUAAUGCACUGUUAUUGUGUCAAUGACAUAUUGCGGAAGACACGCUGGAGUAAAGGGGAAACAAACCCAGUCUGGAGAGGCCCUUAAUCAGCCCGUCCAAGAUUUCCUUUAAUCAGGGGAUGUGCUGGACGAUUUCAAGUUCAUUCUUCAUAAACAACAUUGAGUAACAAAGCAACAGGACAACCACAACUUCAUACAGUGGUGGUGUUUGGUAAUUAUAGGGUUGCCAUAUUUCAAAAAGUAAGAACCAGGACACCCCGAAAGUUGAUCCAGGAUGAAACGCCGCCUUUCAGAAAUUCCCCCCAGAUGUCAAUUCUGCCAUUGAAAUUCCAGUAGUGUCCAGGAAAAUCUGGACACAUGGCAGCCCUAGUUUGUGGAGUUAAUGGUCUGGGGAGUGCGAUAUUUCAAUGGGAUUCCUUCAAAGCAUUGCAAGCAGCCAGUCCCGCCAUUUAGCAUGCACGCCUGCACACACACAAAUCUUUCUGCUGAGUGGAGCCCUGGACUUCUUCCCAUAAGUCCACUUUAUACAGUGGUACCUCGGGUUAAGAACUUAAUUCGUUCUGGAGGUCCGUUCUUAAACCGAAACUGUUCUUAACCUGAGGUACCACUUUAGCUAAUGGGGCCUUCUGCUGCCACUGCCACGCAAUUUCUGUUCUCAUCCUGAAGCAAAGUUCUUAACCCGAGGUACUAUUUCUGGGUUAGUGGAGUCUGUAACCUGAAGCGUCUGUAACCUGAAGCGUCUGUAACACGAGGUGGUUGUUGUUGUUGUUGUUUAGUUGUUUAGUCGUGUCCAACUCUUUAUGACCCCAUGGACCAGAGCACACCAGGCACUCCUGUCUUCCACUGCCUCCCGCAGUUUGGUCAAACUCAUGUUGGUAGCUUUGAGAACACCAUCCAACCAUCUCAUCCUCUGUCGUCCCCUUCUCCUUGUGCCCUCCAUCUUUCCCAACAUCAGGGUUUUUUCCAGGGACUCUUCUCGUCUCAUGAGGUGGCCAAAGUAUUGGAGCCUCAGCUUCAGGAUCUGUCCUUCCAGUGAGCACUCAGGGCUGAUUUCCUUCAGAAUGGAUAGGUUUGAUCUUCUC